AUGGCCGACGCCGCAGUGCCCGCGGCCUCUACCACAGAGGGCGAUGGCAGCGGCCAGACCACUGCAACGCAGACGUCAUCCAAGGACAGCAAAGCCACGCCUCCCCCGGCUCAAUUCCGCCCUUCGCCAGUGCGAUCCUUCACGGUUAGCAACCCCUAUCUGUCCUCGGCUGUCAAGCGCGGGUCGAGCCAGCCACCGGACGAGCGCCUGCCCAUCUCAUCGCCAGCUUCAGGCCGCGGCAGCCCGGGGCAGACCAACGGCACUACAGCCAACGACUUCGGCGUCAUCGGCGGCUCUCGGAUGUCUGGGAACGGUCGGAUGGGCGGCCCGUUGCCCUACGGCUCGGGCCCAGUCCGUGCUAGCUCGUUCUCCGUCGCUGACAAGAUUGACCAGCGUCCCUCCUCCCUCGUCCGCACCCUAUCAUCGCAUGUCGAGGAGCUCCAGAUCUCUCGCUCCAGCUCCCCGUCGCAGUUCCCCACCUUCUCGCCUUCAUCUUCUCCUUCGACUUCUCCUACCACCGGCAACCAGGCACUCCCUCCGCACAGCAGCAGGGGAGGGCAGUACUCGCCACCAGUCGCUCCGGCAAACGUAUCCCGCUCUAGGUCCCAGUCAUUCGCGACCGGUGUCAGGCCUGACCGCAGCUACAUGAUGCCGCUCAGUACUUUCGACUCGGCGGGUGGAUCGAGCUUCUUCGAAGAAGGAUGGCGCCAGGAUGGUUCCAGCAACAUGUCUCCGUUCACGAGCGGAAUGCGCCCGUUCCUCGACAACAAUGAGGAGCCUCCCAAGCAGAGCAAGACUGCAACUCGCAGCAAGACCACCAACUUUGGGCCAAAGAGCUUCAGAACCCCGCAGGAUGCGACAUUCGGCUCACGUACGAACUGGACUACUUCGCCCACAACGGCGGCGCUCACCACAUCCGUCACAAACGCUCUUGGUGGCGUCGGUGGCCAGCCCACGUACUCGUCUGUUGUCGGUGGUUUCGAGGACACCGCCAACGGAGGGCGUUCUGGCAACUCUAGUCGCCGCCAUAGCAUGUCGGUGAUCGCCGCACCACGGCGCGGCUUUAGCUUCAACGACGCCGGGCCUGGUCUGAGCGCUGUUGGAGGCGGCCGUUCUCGCGGUUUGGGUUCUCUCGGCUUCACCGAUGAAGAGCUCAUUGCAGACUCCUUCGGCAAUGCGCUGAACCUCGAUGUUGACGAGAACAAUCAGGGUGUAAUCACUGCGGAGCCGGAGCAGGCUGCAUCCAGCCUGCCGAUCUUCGCCCCAGGUCUUUCGGACAACCCCCGCCAGAUCGCUCGCUCUAACCCGUCGUCCGACCCCUUCUUUGGCUCUUCGCCCGGCGGAACGACUGGUCCGGAACAACGCGAGGGAGGCCGCGGCCGCUUCGGGUUCGCUGAUACUCGUUCUAGAACAUCGUUCUCGGGCGCUGUCACUGGCAGCCCCGACAGAAUCCGCGAAGGAGGUCCCGGUGCCAUUGGUGCGCCCGUCCGUUCGGGCGGACAACCUCAAGGUCCUGGUGGAUUCGAUGCCCGUUUCGGCGGCGGCGGCAACAUGGGCAUUCCGUCGCCGACUGCUGGCGGUUUCAGACCCGGACCUUUCUCGCAGGGACCGCCUCCCGGUCCUGGACCGACCUUUGGAAGGCCGCCCGGAGGUUUCGGAUACUUUGGAGGUAUUGGCCAGACGCCUGGUCGCCCCUCGUUCCCUCAAAACAACUUUAGUGGCUUCGGCGGCUCCGGCUUCGGCGGCCCUCCUGGUGGCCCAGUAGGUGGCAUGUCCAACCCUGGUCCCGGCUUCCCUCUGGGAUCCUCUGGCCCUCCUGGUCCAGGUCCGAACUACUUUGGUGGUCCGCCUCAGCCGCAGAGCGGCAACCCCCAGUCAUCUCCGUCAUUCUCGUCCCUCUCGCUGGCGGACCUGGGUAAGGGCAUUCCUCUCGCCUCGCUGCCUCCUACUACGCCUCUCUACAUCGUGACGUUCAAGGCUGGCCGCCGCGACGUUUUCUACUGCCCUGACCCCACCCUGUUGAUCAGCAACGGUGACCGCGUGAUCGUUGAGGCUGAUCGUGGCUCUGACCUUGGCACUGUCGUUUACGACCAGCUGACACCGGUCGAGGUGCGCGAAUGGCAGGAGCGGCAGGCUACUGCGGCGCUUCUGUCCGGAGCCUCCCAGCACCAGCCCCCUGGCAUGGCCAUGGCCAACCAGCCGCCUGCCGCGUCCGGCACCACCAGCAACCACAAGCGUAACGGCAGCCAAGGUCAGCACUUUGUGCCCGCCCCGGGUGCCAUCGAUUUUACCGGCGCGGACCUCAACACGCUUCUCUCCGGGGUCGGUCCCAGUGGACCGCAGAUGGACAUGGGCGGCAGCGGAGGCAUUGGGGCCCGCGGCCCCCUGGCCAAGGAGAUCAUGCCCAAGCGUAUCUUCACAAAGUCCAGCGGCGGAGCGGAGGAGCAAGCGCGUAUGGUCGAGAAGCUGCGCGAUGAGCACGACGCCAUGCUGAUCUGUCGUGAGAAGGUCGCUCAGCGUGGCCUGCCAAUGCAGAUCGUGGACGCGGAGUACCAAUGGGACCGUCGCAAACUCACAUUCUUCUUCAAGGCAGACAAGCGAGUGGAUUUCAGCGAGCUGACCAAAGAGAAUUUCCGUAUCUUCAAGGACGACCCUCGACCCAUCACUUAG